UGUAGUGGCUACGAGCUAACCUAGUAAUCUAGUUAAAACUUUGCAUACUACUCUCAUUACAUUAAUCAUCAAUUGCUGAUUGGGUCUUGACUCUUAUAUUUCUCAUAUAUAUGUAUGUAUGUAUAUAUAUAGGUGGUAGUUGAGCCUUUCUUCUCAGAAUCUCCCAACAAGAAGGUUAGAUGUCACAGUGACUCUUUAACAAGCACACCAGAGAAGAAACACAUUGAGACUCAGACUCUCUCUUUUUUAACCCACUAGAGGAGACAAUAGGAAAAGGAAAAUCUAUGGAUCCUAGUACACAUGAUGAGUCAGUGAAAAGAGAAGAUAAGCCUGUGGAGACCAUGACAAAUAUUCCAACCAAGAAAGAGGUCAACAAAGGAGCAUGGACGCCAGAAGAAGAUAGAAAAUUAGCCCAAGUUAUUGCCAUUCAUGGUGCAAAAAGAUGGAAGAUUAUUGCAGCCACAGCAGGCCUUAAUCGGUGUGGUAAGAGUUGCAGGCUAAGGUGGUUGAAUUAUUUAAGACCAAAUAUCAAGAGAGGCAACAUAUCAGACCAAGAAGAGGACUUGAUUCUGAGGCUUCAUAAACUACUAGGAAAUAGAUGGUCCUUGAUUGCUGGAAGAUUACCGGGUAGAACAGAUAAUGAGAUCAAGAAUUACUGGAAUUCUCAUUUGAGCAAGAAAAUAAACCAAAAAGAGAAACAAAGUGGAGCUUCAACAAGAGAAGAAUCCAUGGAUGGGAAAAUGACAGCCGGGAAAGUGGACAUUGUUGAGGUGAGAGAAGAGAACAUGUCUUGUAAUAAUACAAGAGAGGAAGACUCCAAUGCCACUUUCAAUGUGGAUGAUUUUUUUGAUUUCUCCAAUGAAGAUCCUUUGGACUUAGAGUGGAUGAACAAUUUCCUUGAAAUGGAUGAGGGAUUCACUAGUAUGUAAUAAAAGGUGUAAACUUUUGUUUUUUUCACCCCACGAAACAAAUGCACAGUGCAGACAUAUCAUGCUGUAUGAGAAAUGAGAAGUCUCAUGAACUUGUCCAAUUUGUAAUCUACUCAUUAAUUUUGUAGAGUUGAAGUUAUGUGCAGUUUCUUCUGAUUGGAGCCCAA